AUGUUGCUUUGGUGCACAACCACCCUCUUCCUCAUAGUGUUUGCAUACUAUGAGUAUCGGUCUUGGAAAAGGCUCGCGCACAUCCCAGGCCCAUUAGCUGCCCACUUUUCCAUCUACUGGCUACUGAGGCAUGCCUGGACCGGAAAUCUGUUUCCCUGCCUGAUCGAGGCUGGCGAUAGAUACGGCGAGCUUGUCCGCAUCGGCCCGAACCUGCUUCUUUGCUCAGACCCGGACGAACUCAGGAGAAUAUCGGGUAUCCGGUCGGAGUAUACGAAGGGGCCAGCAUAUGAUGCAGGGUGCGUGACCGAUGGCGAACCGCAUGUUGCCUCUGAACGGGACCCCGUCAAGCACAAAGCACUACGGGGCAAGAUGGGCCCGGGUUAUUCCGUUGAUGUGCAGCCAGCUAUAGACCGCCAUGUCUCCGCAAUGGUCAGCCUGAUGGAGAGAAAGUACGUGACCGAGCCAGGGCGACAAGACGAAAGCCCCGCUAGGUUCAUGGACUUUGGUCAGAAGACGCACUUCUACGCUCUUGAUUGUAUCGGUGACUUCGUGUUCGGCGAGUCGUUCGGAUGUCUCCGGAAGGACGAGGAUGUCCACCGCAUGACGGAGAUCAACGACUUGUCUUUGAGAAUGGUCACUGUCGCUGGGCUAGUGCCCUGGUUGCCGGGCCUCAGGUCACGGUGGCCGUUCACGUAUCUGUUACCAAAAGAAGGCGACAAGGUCGGAUUUGGAAUGUUAUUCGGAUUUGCCAAAGACCUUGUGGAUAGGAGAACAGUGCCGGGCGCAAUGCCGAAAAGCGAUAUGCUGCAGUCUUUCAUACGCAGUGGAAUGACCAGAGAGCAGCUCAUGCAACAAGUCUACAUUCACAUAAUCGCAGGAUCGGACACCUCGUCGAAUUGGGCGCGUAUGACAAUGCUCUGCCUCUUGACAUGCCCACCCUCGUAUCUAGCGCUUCAACGAGAGAUAGAUGCCAGCUCUGCAUCGGGCCGUCUCAGUUUUCCGACUGCCACUGAUGCAGAAACCCGCACUCUUCCCUAUCUCGACGCCGUCUUGCGCGAGAGCAUGCGACUGCAUCCGCCCUCUGUAUCACCAUCAAAGCUCUCCCCAAGCAAGCAACGAGCACGCGGAGAGGCAAGAGAGACAGUGUGUGGCUUUGAUGUGCCUGACGGAACCCAAGUAGGGGCUAACGUACCUGGGAUCCUGAGGUCCACGGUGAUCUUCGGGCCUGAUGCAGGGUGCUUCCGUCCAGAGCGGUGGCUAGAGACUGCGGGCGAUGGGAGUGGUGAGAGAAUUUCUCGCAUGAAGCAGACGCUCGACAUUGUUUUCGGCGCGGGCGAAUUCCAAUGCAUGGGGAAGGCGAUUGCGUGGAUGGAAGUCCGGAAGCUGUUUGUCGAGUUGAUGCGAAGGUUCGACUUCUGCAUUAUCAACAACUUGAAGCCCCUUCACUUGGAGUCACUUGCCAUCAUGGUGGUUCACGACUUCAGCGUACGAGUCAUACGUCGGAUGGCUACCUGA